AUGAUGAAGAAAAAUGAAGAGGAACAACCCCAUUUACCUGAACAAAAAACCCUAGUAGCCCCGGCCGAAUUGAAGGAAGAAGUUGAAGAAGAAGAACUUACCAAUAAUGAAAUUGAAAGAAAAAGGUGUUACCAAAACCUCCUAACCGAAUUAGCCCUAGAAAUCAGAAUUGAGAUAACCUGGAUGAUUGUAAACGGAUACCAGAAUGAGCCUACAAAUAGCAGUAAUACUGAAAAAGAACUGGAAUUCGAAGACAGUAGUGAUGAUGGAUAUAAGGAUACAGGCUAUAGCUAUUAUAACCCACACCUAGGUUCCAAUCAUUGUUGGUGGAAUACCAAUGAAGACAAAGAACUAUUUUCUGAAUUUACUGCUAACCUGGAAAGCUCGAAAUGGUUACCGGAAUUUGAUGACUACAUUAAUUGGAACUACAAUAACUUAUAG